UACUCCAUUCUCUUCCCGUGGGUUCACGCUUCACUUCUCGUGGGUUCGGACUUCAGACAGAGGAGAGCAAUAGCUUGGUGGCUUCGCUGGAGAGCCAUGGCCAUGAGCGGGAUCGGGAGCGUAAUUGCGGGUGCCGUGGGGAAGCAGAUCGUCGGCAUGCUGGGAGACUAUGCCGCGUCGGAGGUCACUCUGCAGUGGAGGUACAGAGAGGAGGUGCUGGAGAUGGAGGAGACGAUGAAAGAUCUGGAGGCGGUGCUGAGCGAUGCCGACGACAAGUCGCGUCGAGGAGGAGAUGGCGGAAGAGUCUUCCAGCGCUGGCUUACCAAGUUUAAGCGCGCUGCCUAUGACGUCGAGGAUGUGCUUGACGAGUUGGACGCCAAUGACCUCAUCAACAAGAGCCAAUCCAAGGUCAGCUUAUGGUUUUCCAGGAACAAUCAACUCCUGCAGCGAAUAACCAUGCCCCACAAGAUGAAGAAGGUGAUGAUGAAGAUAGACCAAGUUGAAAAGGAGGGCAGAAGGAGGCUUAAUCUUGUGCCUCAACAAGCAAGGGGAGAAGGGAGCAGAAACAAUGAAAUUCCUGCAGUCCACUACGGUGAUGGCGUGAAAACUGGAAUGGUGGGGAGGGGUAUCGAGAAGGACAAGAUAAUCAGCCUGCUACUCACAACUGAAGAAACUAACCAGCAGGAUAUCUCCAUCAUUCCAGUUGUUGGCCUUGGUGGCAUAGGCAAGACGACACUGGCUGAAUCAGUUCUUGCAGACAAGAGGGUCAGUGUCUUUGAUGUCGCAAUCUGGGUUAAUGUGUCCAAACAGUUUGAUUUGCACAAAAUUGGGGGUGCCAUCCUCAAAAGAAUGAUGAAUAGCACCAUCAACCUUGACAACUCCGAUUUGCAGCUUCAUCUGAAAAAGGAACUUGCUACCAGAAGAUACUUGAUUGUUCUGGAUGAUCUCUGGGAAGAAGAUGGAAAUAAUCUUGAAAGGUUGAAGGAGAUGUUACAACAUGGCCGCAAGGGUAGCAGUAUUAUAGUAACUACCCGAAGCCGAAGCGUAGUGCAACAAUUGCGCACUGGUUUUCUUGCAAAUCAGAGGAAAAUUUGCCCGGUUCCUGAGUCUGACAUAAUCGAUCUGGGUGUUUUAGAACCUGGUGAUUGUUGGGAAUUAAUCAAGCAAAGGGCAUUUGGAUCUGAUGAUGACCACAGUGGCCUAGAAGAAAUUGGAAAGCAGAUUGCAGGCAAGUGUGGGGGUUUACCGCUCGUGGCAAAUGCUCUUGGGCAGGUAAUGUCGGAGCUAAGGACCGUGGGUGCAUGGGAAGAUAUAAGAGACACCAAGGUUGAUUUGGGUUUGAGAGAAGGACAUCAGGAAGAAGCAUUAGAGAGGCUAAUGGUGAGCUAUUACUACAUGAAGAUCGAAUUCAAAAUGUGUUUCACGUACUUGGCAGCCUUCCCCAAGGGCUUUGUCAUGCACAUCAAUCAUAUAAUCCAACAAUGGAAUGCACUUGGGUACAUCAGUUCAAGGCACGAUGGUCAAAGGUGCAUCAACUAUCUUUUGGGCAUGUCCUUUCUUCGGAUUCCAGGAUCUGCUUCGGUUAGUCCAAGUUCAUUGCAUUUCAGAGUUCCUCCAAAACUGGUCAUGCAUGAUUUGGUGCAUGACCUGGCAUCAAUUAUUGCUGCUGAUGAAUUGGUUGACCUGGAUGCUACCAAAAGCACCAGCUGGAACAGAGCUCGCUACUGCCGACAUGCACAGUUAACCAACUUCAAGAAUGAUCCUGAGAUUUUCAAAUAUAUUCCAGGCAAGCUUAGAUCCCUCCACUUUCGGGAUUUAGGGGGGCUGCAACUCCCGAAAAAGGCAUUUUCCCGAUCCAAGUUCAUACGUGUCUUGGACCUAAGUGGACAUUCAGCUAAAGGUCAACCUGCUCCAAGUGGCGUGGUGCUGCCAUCUUCCAUUAAUCAAUUGAAGCUAAUUAGGUAUAUUGAUGCCGCGGGUUUGCCAAUAAAAUCACUUCCUAAGAAUUUUCAUGUACUUCAAAACAUGGAAACUCUUAUUCUCUCCAAUUCCAUGCUUGAAACCUUUCCAGACAGUAUUUGUCGCCUUAGCAAACUUUGCUAUUUGGACCUAUCUGGCAGUAGCAGCCUCAAUAAGAUGUCUGCAUCACUAGGGGAUCUCACUCAACUAUUUUUCCUCAAUCUAUCUGGGUGCUCUAUACUCCAAGAGUUGCCUGAAUCAAUCUGUAAGCUUAAAUGCUUACAUCAUCUAGACGUGUCAAAUUGUUGUGCUCUUCAGCAGCUCCCCGAUGAAUUCGGCAACCUGCCUAAGCUCUCGCUCUUAAACAUGUCAGGUUGUUCCAAGCUCACCAAACUACCUGGCAAUGUUAGCUUUCCGUGCUUAGAGCAUCUGAACCUAUCAAGUUGUCAUGAACUUGAAAACCUACAGAUUGAUUUUCGCCAUCUUCAGAAACUUGAGUUCGUGGACCUCUCUGGUUGCUACAAGGUUUCAAUGUUGCCAGGAUCAUUUUGCCAACUUAAUCAUUUGAAAUAUCUAGAUCUUUCAGACUGUCAUAACCUCGAAGAACUCCCUGAAUGUUUUGAUCACCUCUUCGAGCUUGAAUAUUUAAACCUAACAAGUUGUGCUAAGCUCCGACAAUUGCCUGAGUCGCUAUGCAAGUUGUUUAAGCUUAGGUAUCUUCAUUUGUCAUACUGUCUGAGGCUCAGCGAGCUCCCCUCCUCAUUUGGUGACCUUAAGCUUCAAAUAUUGCACAUGAAUGGCCUUCUAGAUAUGGAUGACUGCCCUGAUAGCAUUGGUGACAUGACUAGUCUCACCCAGUUUGUGGUCGACAGUGGACCUUCUAAUUUGCUUGAAAAGGUUAAAGCCAUUAAAAUGCGUCUAAAUCUUGUGGGCAUGGUACAUCAUAAUGUACAUGAGAUAGAGAGUAGAGGAUGUAGCAGUAUAGUGGAUCUUGUGGGAUUGACUUGUUCAGAGCUGAUACUUGCAGGCCUUGAGAAAGUCUGGGAUCCGGAAGAUGCAGACAGGGUCAAACUGCGUGAUAAAUCAGAUAUCCGAGUACUAAAACUUGGCUGGAUCCCUAAGUGGAUGUCUUAUAUAUCAAGUGGUAAAUCUGUGCUGGAAAGGCUCGUACCUCCUCGGACUCUUGAAAACUUUUGGCUAGUUGGGUAUAGGGGCAAGGAUUUCCCUAACUGGAUGUUUCACAUCUCGUCCUACCUCCCUUUUCUCAGCGAACUGACUCUUGAUGGUUUGGAAGCAUGUGAUUGUCUUCCUCCAUUUGGCGCACUCCCAAAUUUAAGAAGUUUGUGUCUGAGGAACUGUCCCAACAUUAGGAAAAUUGGUAAGGAAUUCUAUGGAGAGGGCAGACCUUGUAUGCAACUAAGAGUUCUGGACUUGGCGUCGAUGGAGAAUUUGGUGGAAUGGUUGACAACAGAGUCAAGUGAAGAAAACAAAGAGUUUCUAAUCCCUAAUUUGCAUCUUUUGGUUGUAAAGGACUGCCCAAAUUUGAAGUUCCUACCAUAUCCCCCAAGAAGUAUGAAUUGGUUUUUGAGCAACAGUGAGACAGUUUUGCCAGAACAAGGAUUUGGGAAGCUCUCGUCUUCCAUUCAUCCUUCUAGGCUGGCUCUAGAAGAACUUUCCAUUGCAGAUUGCCCCAAUCUGACAUCUUUGCCUGGAAGUAUGAAGAACCUCACAGCUCUUACAAAAUUGGCGUUGGUGGAGUGCAAAGGCCUAGAGAUAUUACCGGAAUGGUUGGGACAGUUGACUUGCCUAGAAGAACUUUCCAUCGGAGGUUGCCCCAACCUGACAUCUUUGCCUGAAAGCAUACGGAGUCUCUCUGCUUUGAAAGUUCUCAUAAUUGUUGGAUGUCCAAUAUUGAUUGAGAGGUGCCAAGGGGAGGAUGCCCACAAGAUUGGUCACAUCCCCAAAGUCGUACUGCGCUGAGCUGUUGUACAAAAUCGUUGGUCGUCUUUGCUCCCUGUGGCUAUAUACUUGCUCUACUCAUUCGGUGCUGGAGUUGGUUCCAGCUGCUGCAGAGGAGGCUUACAUGGCUGCUCUGGACUUGCUGAAUCUCACGCAAGAUCAAUUUCGCAGUGCGAAAAAAUGAGGCAGAGCUCAAGGAAGCAAGAUCAAUUUCGCAGUGCGAAAAAAUGAGGCAGAGCUCAAGGAAGCGACCAAUUCCAAGGAGCAGUUUCUUUCAGACCAAGCUCUCGCUGGGAUACUAAGGACCAUAUUUUGAUGGCGGGAGAACUCUCAAGUAGCUGACUUGACUGACUCUCAAGUAGUUGUUCUACUCCAUUACCUGUCCAUGAUUAUUGUUGUGAUUCAGAAAGAGAUUAAGAUGUCAUUGACGGUUCUGCCAGAGGAAAGGAACCCCUGACGCCAUGAUCAAUACCUACCAAUCCUGGCGCCCAUGGAAUGGAUGACAACACAGCUCAGUCUUCAAACCAAUGGCCGUCUAAUUUCUCCAUGCUGAACUAGGAUUAUUUAUUUUAUUUUUUUGUGGGAAGAACUGGGAGAAGCUAGCCAGCCUUGUGGUUGUGGAGGGUACUUUACUUGUUCAUCUGGGGUUUUAGAGCAAAAGGGCCACAGCCCCCAGUUGGUCCAUCACUGAGAAUGAAACUUGACAGGUUUUACAUC